GCCCCGACUUGCCAGGGCGACGAGUUAGGCAGCCGCAGGCACCAAACUGAAAAUCUAAGUAUAAAUACCUCUUGAACCCCUUGCUGUUAGGAACUCAUCACAUCUUCAGUGAUUUGAACAUCAAUACCUAUAAAUCUAAAAUCUACUCAAAGGGACUUGACUUCUUUCCAGUCCAGAAUCCAGAUUUACAUACUCUAUUACCAUUUUUGUUUUCGAAAAUGCCGAAAUUCAUGCUUCUUGUUCGCGCUACCCCAGACAGCGAUUCUGGCAACCCCCCUACAACAGAAAUGAUUGAGGAGAUGAUGAGAUACAAUAACUCUCUAUCCAAUGCGGGUAUAUUACUUGCCGCAGAGGGCUUUCUAUCAUCCUCGAAGGGCGCUCGGGUCAGCUUUGACCACCAAAACGAAUCGUCGGUGGCGACUGGACCUUUUCCCCCCGAGUCCACCAUUUCAGGGUUCUGGAUGAUCAAAGCCAAGGAUAUUGAGGAGGCAAUAACAUGGGCUUGCAAAGCACCAUUUCGCGCUGAGGGGAGUGCCAUUGAAGUCCGACAAAUUGCUGGGCCCGAAGAUUUUGGUGAUCAGUUAACUGAUGAUCUGAAGAAUCAGGAAGGGGAGUUGCGGAAGAAGUUGGAGGAACGAGCUGUAGGAGGAAAAGCUUGAGGACGCUGGGAUAGUGGUUAGUUGCAUGACAUUGUAGCUAAAGAGUAUUAUUAGGACGCUAUUGAUGUCGCCUUUAAUGCCUGC